CUUUGAUUGAGUUAAAAAGAAGACCCGAGUUAAAUGGAUUAGUUCAAAUUGAGGAAUAAAAGUAAUUGAGCCUGGAUGAGGUGCCGUUGUGAUCGCGCUUAGAUGGUACAUCAUAGGAGAUAUAUUUAGAUGGAGUAUCGUUAUUAUCGAACGUCGCUAUCAAAAUACCACGGUGCAUCAGCAUAAGAGUCAUAGAGGAAGCGUUUGAAAGACGGAUACUGUUAAUGAUGGUGAGACGAAUGAAGACUGUCAGGGAUUUCAAGUUAAUAUCGUUUAGAACAAGGAGAGGUAAUUCAUUAGCUCAGUAUUAUUUGAUAAGCUUGCAACACUAAUUUUCAAGAUUUAGAUCAAGCUACAUCUUACAUUCGAUAAGAAAGGUCGAGUUCAAUAUUGAAUGAAAAUAGAGAUUCUGUUAUGCGUGAAUUGGGAAUUUAAUGGAAGCGAUACAGUUUACGUAUUUCAAUGCUAUAGAGACGACGAGUUGCAUAAAGUGUAAGCUGAUUUAUUAUACUCAAUGGAAAGGAUUCACUAGUCUGUAAUAAUGGCAUGUUGUAAGGAACUUAUCUACGAAGAAUUAUGUGCUCAAAACACAAACGCAUCUGAUCAAAUGAAACUCCUCCAAGAUUUCGAACCCUCGCAAUAUGAGGGCUCUGCCAUUAGGAAUGAGGAUAAGCGCUAUAUACAGAGUACUGAGGAAAUUCCAACGCAUCGAGAUAGGACAAACAGAGCACGCAAUUACAAAGUGAACAUUCCAAGCGGAGACGAAAGAUAUUCAUUGCUUAGUAAUCAUGAUCCACGUGUGGAUGGGACAAGUAGAAAAUUGACAAUGGAGCGAAGGGACGCUUGUGACAUUGAUGACAAUGAGGACGACGACCGAUUAAAUGCAAAUCAUUUAGAACUUGAACCGUUGAGAGAUGAUGAGCGAAAUCCCAAACGGGUUCAUGAAGAAUAUAAAAUGGAGGAACUUCAUAUUAAAGGAUUGAAAAAUGCUCCAAAAGGUAACAAAGAACAACCCUUUUCAAAAGUUCCAGAUAGCGAGGCCCAUACAAGACAAGAGUUGAACUUGAAAGCAUUUAAUACAACGUACAAGACCGACCAAUUUAACAGCAUUAAAGAAUUUCCCAUUCUGAAAAAGGAAAAAUCCACAAACCCUUCUACUUGCCACAACCAGCUUGAAAGCGUCUUUCCAGGUAAACCUCGACCACGGUCAGCAACAAUUACAACCAUUGACUACGUAUCGCAUAGGUUCGAUGACAUAGUCGAUGGUAAAACCCAAAACCGGGAACGGCGGGCGGUCAGUCUCCUUGUACCUCCGACUAUGUCUGAAAUAGGGGUGUACCGCCAAAGGACGUUCUCGAUGUCUGGACGGAAGGGGUUUGUUAACCAUGGUGACCUAUAUAAGGCAUUCCCUUUGACCAAUAGUGCAAAUAGUAUCCUGUCAUAUGGAACAGAGUCCCACAGCUCUGAUGAUCCUGCCUCGGAAAGUCCGAGAAACGCUGAUGAGAUCAACGGACCAGACCUCCCAUUGUAUAAGGUGCUAGUCGUGGGUGCGGCUAAAGUUGGAAAAACAUCCCUGAUUCAACAGUUCGCGUCUUCGGAAUACAGAGGGACAUAUCAAAAUAUGAGCUUCGAUGAUGCGGUCGUAACAAGAGUUCCUGUUGAACUAGAUGGAGAGGAUAGUCUUCUAGAAUUUCAGGAAUCUACGUCAUUGCCACUGCAACACAAAGAGGAGAUAUCCGCCUAUGUAAUCGUAUACAGCGUCAUUGAUAAGAAAAGUUUCCAAUACGCAGUGGAAAUAACAAAUAGACUUCAACGCUCACAAAAGACUCGGAAAAUCGGAUCAUCACGUUCCUGUGGAUUCGUGCGAAUUCUGGUCGGAAACAAAUCUGAGCUGAUGAGACGAAAAUCGGUGACAACUGAGGAUGGGAAGUCUACGGCGACAAAAUAUGGAUGUAAAUACAUAGAAACCUCUGCAGCCUUGAACCAUCAUAUUGACACCCUUCUCGUUGGAAUUCUAAUACAAAUCAAGCGUCACAUAAAAUCAAACACCGUGAACUCUUUGGACAAUAAGAAAGCGGAGUCAACAUGUUAUUUCCAGCAUCGGCGUUAUAGCCGAGCGUUACGGGCAUUUUUAAGCAUGGUCACAAAAAGCUCAAUUUUUACCUCACGUUCUUGUGAUAAUUUAUUGGAAAUAUCUUGAAAUGGUGAAAUGAAUUUGUAUACAAAGUU